AUGCUUGGAUUUAUAAUAGAUAGAUUCAAAUCACUUUAUGUCAUGUUUUUCGCCUUUGGAUUUUUCAUGGGCUUUCUUAUAUUAGUUCUAUAUUUAACACCUUUGGGAGAUUUUAAGAUAGAUCAUCAUGAUGAACUAGUUACAGACAAUAUAGACCUCGAUCAACUCGGACAUACUUCAAAUGAAACUCUCACACAGAUUGAAGAUACAAAUGUCAUGGUAACGGAACCAACAUCUUUCAUGGAAGCAAUUUUUAAACUUAUCACAAAACCACGGUUGCUAUUAUUUCUUUUCGACCUUAAAGCUGAUGUAACGUUGCUGGGACUAAGCUCCUUUGUAGGAGUAACUCUUGAAAUAUUAGUUUUUUACUUUGGGAAAUAUAUCUUAGAAUCUACGUUUCCGGAAACUAUUAUUAUAGCAGGAGGACUUAUAUCUACUCUUAGAGCUUCGUUAUAUGCGUUUUUUGGUACAACAUCUUUAGAAAUUAUAUCACAACUGUCACCACCGAGACUAAGGGCUACAGCACUUGGUAUACUUGCAGCUACAGAAAAUUUGUCUACAGGUCUUGGGCAGAUCGUUGGAGGAUUAUUAUAUGGACAUUUUGGAGCCGUUAAUAUGUUUUUAUAUUCAUCAUGGAUUGGAAUAUUGGCAGUUAUAAUCUACAUUGUUGGACUUUCAAUGCAGAAAAGGCGAUUCUACUAA